UACUUUCAGGAGUAACUGUUCAUCUCGUAGUCUACAUUCGGGCUUCUAUUAGGUGGCAGUUUUGGAAAGAGUGCCGAAAAGUCGGGACGUUGUUGGAAUUUCUUUUUCAUUAAGGCUAUAUCUUGUGGUCGUUUAUAUUGUGAUGAAAUGAGUGUAUGGCGGGUAGCCCGAUGACCACAAUUCCGAGAGGUAGCUCUGCUUUUCCGGUCAUUCUACGAUAGUGCAUCGUCAUUUGGUGUUGUCGCUUUUGUCGUAGACUGAGAAGAAAGCGGCGAACCGUUACUACGAGGAUUAGGUUUCCCGCAAAGUGGUAUGAAGAUUGAAUGAGGCUCCACAACAAUUGCUGUACCUACUGAAGUAAUGUACCCUCUGUUCCUGGACUGCGAUUAUGAUGAUCUCGUUUCGACUAAAUGUGGCAUAUAGGUAGAACGUGCCUGUCGGGACCGAACGUUCAUUUGAUUGGCUUCCUCUUGUCUGGUCGCCGAUCCAGGAGCAACAAUGAUGGAUUGCAGAUUGGUGAUGUAUGCUAGUUAAUCAUUCCCAAUUUAAAUUCCGUCCAUGGAUGUGCACGAGAAAAUUGUAGUUGGCGACAUCCUAGUUGUCAGUUGUAUUCAAUGUGACUUGGAAAAGUGUAGUGUUGAAUAAUUUUCGCUCAAGCUACCCGCAAACAAAAUACUAGUAAAUGUGAUAGUGACAAACAUUCAUGUUCAAGGGAAAGGAAUAUUUGAUGAAAAUUUGCUGUGAUUUGUGCUGCGUAAUGGAGGAAACCCAUAAACUGGAUUAUAAAGAAAAAUAAUGUCUCUUGACACAUUUUAGAAGGACCAAAAAUUCUUCGCUUCAUUACUCGACCAAAUCGGGUAGCAGAAAAAAAAAAGAAAAGUUUCCAUCCCAUUAGUGUAAAUUCUCAAAUGAAGUUGACCCUCAUCAUCGUGGGUACGUUGAUAGAACGACGUUAUUGGGGUCCGGUCCGGCUUGGAGGCAAACAAAGGGAAGGGAUUGCGAAUAGUUUUCCCCCAUUAUAAUUAAGUUGUCCAGCUUGAUAGGAGUGUGUGCGUCUUCAUUAUCGGAAAGUUAGCGCGGGUAGUAAAUUAGCAAUGAUUCACCACCAGCCUGCGAAAUACCACACGAAUCCUUUGACACAUUUUCUCAACUUACACAAUUCGCAUGCCACGGCGGCAGCAGCGGCCGCCGCCGCAGCUGCUGCAGCCGCUGCCCUGGACCAGCAUCACCAACAGCAGUUGCACCACCAUCAGAAACAUUGCGAAACCGAAGAUAUGAAUUUACUCAAUAAUAACAUCCUAGCAGGCGAUGACGAUUGCGAUAAGAAACUCAAUCUAGUGGGUGGAAAUAGUCUGGAUAUCGAGAAUACCGACACCAACCAAAGUAGUGAUGGGGAAAAUAACAACAUAGACAUUAUCGACGAUGAUGAUGACGAAGAAGACGCCGAUAUUGACGAUGGUUGCGAUGAAGAGCAUCUCGACAUAGCCCGAAGCGAGAACCUCACCCCCACAAGCACGACACAACUCGAUGCCGACGGGAUUGGUAAAUCCUUCACGAUAGCAGCUAUACUAGGCUUGAAGAAGAAACAGGCAGCCGACGGUCAUGGUGCCUUCCAUGACGCAAUGAAUCUAUCCCUAAACAAUCACAGUGAUACAGCGUCGGCAUUCCAACUACGAAUCUCCAAAGACUCUGCCGAUACCCUAACGGACGCCGUUGCGUCUAGCCUAGAGAACAGUCAAUCCCACCUUAACCAUCACAUAUCGCAAUCCUCGCCAAGCCUUGCCGCCCUACAAACGCUCCAUCACAUUCAUGGAAGUGCCGCCGGUGGUUUCACUCCACAUCAAUUUCACCACCAGCAUCAUCCGUCCGUUGCCGGAGGAGGUGGUGGCGUGGGUGGCGUUGCAAAUGCAGCUACCGUCCAUUUGCACCAACAGCAGCAACAUUCCGCCCAGCAGGGGCUGCCACCGGGACACCAUCUGGCGCCAUCGCUGCAGCCGUCGUCGCAGUCAGCAGCGACGCAUCAUUUGACCAAUCACCACCACGCACAGCACCAUCACCAACACCACCAUCAUCAGCAUCCCCACCAGCACCACUCGCAUCAUCAUCUUGCGAUGGCGGCAGCGGCGGCGGCACACCAUCAUCACGCGCAGAAUCAUAAUCGGGACAAGUUUAAAGAUUUGGCCAAAAAGACUUCCCUGUCAGCAUCCGCGGCUCUCAAAAGCAAACGUGUUCGUACCAUUUUUACACCCGAGCAGCUAGAACGCCUGGAAGCUGAAUUUGAACGGCAACAAUACAUGGUUGGUCCAGAGCGUCUCUACCUGGCGCAUACCCUACAACUAACCGAAGCACAGGUUAAGGUGUGGUUCCAGAAUCGUCGGAUUAAGUGGCGCAAGCAUCACCUGGAAAUAACUCAGCAACGACUGGCGCUGAUAAGGCAACGCCAGAUCGCCAGUGGCGUAGUUCCAUCGCAGCUGACAGCAUCCGUGACAGGAGACACGGGGACUUCUUCGCCGUCCCCAGCGGCAGGUCAUCAGUCCCAUCACCAUCACGCUGGGGUUCAACCUGUGGCAAUGAGUGGCGGUCGACUGGUUCAUGGAUCGGUGGGCAACGGUGGAGGCGUAGAAUCGCCGGAACUCACUAUCUGUACGGAUUCGUUGGACGCCAGAAGUGUUAGCGAAAGUGACGAGUAAUCACUGGGCAUAAACACAAUGUAAUUUGAUACAGGGACUCUCGAGAUUUGUUAGAAUAGAUUUGGCAUUAAGUUUACCGUUCGUGGUAGAUUCCUACAAAUUUUGUUUCAAACCAAACAUGUUGGGGAAGUUUUUACGUAGCGUGAUUAAUUUACUUUCUUAAUAGCAAGAUGAACUUGAAGUACUAUGCAUAUACGAUUUGGUAGAAUCAGAAGAUAACCACCUUUAUGUAAACAGUAGAAAAUAUGUGUAAGAAAUG